UAACAUGCCAAAUUAAAUUUCCUUGAGUGAUAGGCAGACUCAUUAUUUCGUCAUCAACCCAUAAUAAAUAGAUGUUUUGUCAUAACUAUAAUAUGCAAUAAUCCGGAAAGGUUUCAGGUCAUCAUUUCUUAAAACUUGUUCAAUUCCUCAGUUUAAAGAGUUGUGAGUGACAGAAACGAAGUUAAGCCGCACCUUGUCUCCCUUGUCUGUGCUGCGUGUGUCAUGUCUGUAGUAGUGUAGUGAAUAAUUGUUAUGAAGCUCCUUUAACUGAACUGCCUAUUUAUAUAUUUUGGUGUAUGCUUCAUACCCGCAGUCAUGGAGUCCAAGAUAGGCUGCUACUUUUUCAUACUCAUACUUUGUUAUUAUAGCAAUUGCUGCGUAGCUAGAGAAGUUCCAUCACCACCUUUAAUCGUUAAACAACCACCUACAGAUGAAGUUCUGUUUCAAGUUGAACAAAAUGGAGAAAAUGACAAACCAUUCUAUAUUGAAUGCGAAGCAGAAGGUGAGCCUGCUCCCAAAUACUAUUGGGUUAAAAACGGAAAGAAGUUUGAUUGGCAAGCAUAUGAUGACAGAAUUUCUCAGCAAACUGGACGGGGCACUUUGUCUAUCUCUAAACCGUCCGAAGUAGACAUUGGACAGUACCAAUGUUUUGCUGAAAACCAAUACGGCACGGCUACAUCUAAUUCAGUAUUUAUGCGAAAAGCUGAACUGAACUCAUUUAAAAAUGCUCUUCCGAUCUCCUUAUCUGGCAGAGAAGGAGAACCAUUUAAUUUGACAUGUCAACCUCCAGACGGUUGGCCGAAGCCAGUAGUUCAUUGGAUUAUCAUGUAUACGAAUGGAGGAUUUAAGACAAUUAACUCCUCUCGAAUGACUCUGGAUCCAGAAGGCAACUUAUGGUUUUCUAAUCUUACCUUAUCUGACAAUACUGAUAACUUUAUGUAUGCCUGUGCCGCAACAAGUCCAUUUAAACACGAAUAUAAAUAUGGAAACCGGGUACUGCUUAACGUGGUGAACGCCGGUGUUUCUGCCGCUCAAAAUAAAGUACCUCCAGUUCUACAAUAUGUUACUCGAAAAAAUGAGAUUGCUUACCGAGGAAAACGAGUUGAAUUGUUCUGCAUUUAUGGUGGAACCCCUCUACCACAGACUGUCUGGCAUAAAAAUGGCGAACCUCUUCGAUCCACCGAUAGGGUCACACAGGGUAAUUAUGGAAAAUCGCUUAUUAUCAAGGUCGUCGACUUUGAAGAUCAAGGAACUUAUUCUUGUGAAGUCAGCAAUGGAGUUGGUGAUUCCAAGUCGUACUCUAUCAAUCUUAAAGUGUUAGCGAUUCCCUACUUUAUUGAGGAGCCAAAAGUUAUAACAGCUGCAGAGGACGAAACCGCCGAAUUUCGUUGUCAAGCGGGUGGUGUUCCGGAGCCAGAAAUCAAAUGGAUUUAUAAUGGUUUACCCAUUGAAAAAGCACCGCGAAACAACCGCCGAAGAGUCGAACAUGGCAGACUUAUCAUUGAACGUUUAGUUAAAAAUGACACUGGAAAUUACGGUUGCAAUGCGACUAACUCUUUGGGUUACGCGUACAAGGAUGUAUAUGUAAAUGUUCAGGCUUUGUCACCCGAAAUUACGGAUGCUCCCCGAGAUACUGAUGCUGUAGAUGCUCAAAGUAUAAAUAUGACCUGUAAAGUAAUGGGCGCUCCGAGACCUACAAUUAAAUGGAUGCAUAAUGGAGAAGAAUUAACAGGUGGGAAGUUUAAAAUUCAAGAGAGUGGGGACCUUCUUAUUAAUGGAGUGCAGUUUGACGAUAAAGGCAACUAUACCUGUUAUGCCGAGAAUAAACUAGGUAGAGCUAGUGCUAGUGCUAGAUUAGAUGUGAAAGCACAUACUUACAUUACUGAUGGACCGGAAGAUUAUGAAGUUGAAUCUGGAACUCCUGCUACUUUCAGAUGUAACGCAGUAACUGAUGAAUCUCUAGAACUGGAGAUAAUAUGGCUCAAAAGUGGCCAACCGAUCGACUUCGAAGACGAACCCCGAUUUGUAAAAUCAUCCGACUAUUCGCUUACUAUUACGAAAACAAUUGAGUUGGACUCAGGAACAUAUAGUUGCGUAGCGAGAACUGACUUAGACGAGGCUACUGCACAAGCUCAACUCAUCGUGCAAGAUAUUCCAAAUCCUCCGGGUGAUGUUGCAGUAGAAUGUCACAGAAUGGAUGCUACCAUUCACUGGUCUCCUAAGGGAGAUAACAGAGCUCCCAUUUUGCGUUAUAUAAUUCAGUAUAACACCAGCUUCACUCCUGACUCAUGGGAGGAUGCAUACAAUGAAGUACCUCCGGUUGAUAGAACUUACACGAUUCCCAUGAGCCCCUGGGCAAACUAUACCUUUAGGGUUAUUGCUGUAAAUAAGAUUGGCAGGUCUCUGCCAUCCCCCCAUUCAGAAGUAUGUUCUACUCAACCUGCAGUGCCUCAUAAAAACCCCGACAAUGUAAUUGGAGAAGGUGAUCGGCCGGAUAACUUAGUUAUUUUUUGGACUCCAAUGCCGCAAAUUGAACACGCUGCUCCAGGGUUUAAGUAUAGAGUUUAUUACAAAAGAGACAUACCCGGUAAAGACUACGAACCUCCACAAGAAAUUACUGAUUGGCGAGUCGGUCAACUUGUUAUUCCAAAUCAACCUUCGUUCCACCAAUACCGGAUUAAAGUGCUAGCAGUAAAUGAUGAAGGCGAAGCUGAUGUUGCACCGCAAGAAGUGAUCGGAUAUUCUGGGGAAAGUGAGCCUUUAGAGGCUCCACAAAAUUUCACUGUUUUAAAUGUACAGAGCCCUACAAAUGCUUUGUUGAGUUGGAUCCCUGUGCCACUAGAGUCAGUAAGAGGGCACUUUAAGGGUUACAAAAUUCGCACUUGGAGUGAUCAGAGUCUAAUUCACAGUGAAAUCCAAGUCCAAGGCGGUAACGCAAAAGCUUUGGUUAACACGUUCGUACCAGAUACCAAAAACUAUGCUCAAGUUUAUGUGUAUAAUGGAAAAUAUAAUGGACCUGCUAGUGAAACACUCAGUUUUCAUACACCAGAGGGUGUUCCAGGAGAAAUGGACGUGUUGGAAGCCAUUCCUUUGGGAUCUUCAGCUUUUAUUCUUAAGUGGGAAAAACCGGACAGACCCAAUGGAAAUCUAACUGGCUACAAUAUAUAUUUUGCCGAAGUGGAUCAGAAUUUAAAAGUGGGCAGGCCAAUUCCUAGAACACCUCAGAUUAAUGAUCCCAACAGACUACGCGCUAAAUUAGCAGGGCUGAAGCCGGGCACUAAAUAUCGCAUUUAUAUAAGUGCCACAACAAAAGCUGGCGAAUCGAAACGUUACUUUAUCGAAAGGAAUACAAAACCGUUAGGUUAUCACAAACCUGGCAUGCCAAGAUUUGAAUGGGAGCCAGUUAGAGACACCAAAGCAGCUUCUGUAAGAGUGCACUGGAUACCUAGCGAAGAUGGAAAACCAGGUUCGCACUUCUAUGUUAAAUACAAGAAGAGAGGCGAGACCACAUUUUUGAAAACUCCUGCUGAAAAAAAUGAAGAUUAUCAAGAAGUCGCUGGUUUAGAAAUUGGAGCAACCUACGAUUUUAUUGUAACUUCGGUGGAGGGAGACUUCGAAACUGAUAGCGAAGUUCAAGAAGUAUACACCAAUGAUGGUAUUAUUAUCACGGCCAAAGAAGCGGUGGCUACUGCUGGAUGGUUUAUUGGAAUGAUGCUGGCUAUCGUUUUCCUGCUUCUGGUCCUGAUCAUUGUAUGCAUUGUUAAAAGAAAUCGAGGAGGCAAGUAUGCCGUACAUGAACGUGAGCAAGCGAAUGGACGACACGAUUAUCCAGAUGAAGGAGGAUUCCAUGAAUAUUCUCAACCGUUGGACAAUAAGUCCCACGGAAGAGCUUCCAUGAGCAGUGAACCAAAAGUUGGUCCUGAAAGUGAUACAGACUCGAUGGCCGAAUACGGAGAUGGAGAUACAGGUCGGUUCACUGAAGACGGUUCAUUCAUUGGCCAGUACGUUCCUAGUAAUAUGAAGCAAAUUGGCGCAGCUGGAGCGACCGGUGCUAAUAACAACGCGAUGGCAACGUACGUCUAGAAAAAUUAUGAAAUUGCUUUAAUUAUGGAAACUGUCACCCUUUUCUUAGCCCACGUUCACGUAGUGUGUAGUAGUUAGUUACUUGGUUACACCACAAAUUGGCACGCUAUCUCGACUUUUGUUUGGCUUUUUUGUGAUUGAUUCAUUGCGAUAAUUCGUCCAUUUGAUUUUACUAGUUUCUAAUGCUUACGAAUCAAAAUGUGAAUUUAAUAUAUUAUAUAGUAAUAUAUUUUGUUGUUCGUUGCAGUUUAAAAAUAUUGACUAUGUACCAUUUUUAAAUUGUAAUGGUUUUGUUAAUCAAAGUAGUAAUUUCAUGUAAUUUUAUUGUAUUAUAUUUUAUAUAUACGCUAUUAAGUUUAAAACCUGUUGGCUUAGGAUAAAAGACAUAGUGCUUUUAAGAAUAUUUUCCAAGAUACCUCCUUAAUUGUUUGGCUCGAUAUCAACUCAAACACAAUUGAAAAUUUGAUUUAAAGUUUGACUUUCGUCCAUACAAUGAAAGAUUAACUCCAAAUGUCUGAUCGCUUCAAAUGUUACUUUUGUGUUAAUGAAGGAGGUUCAAAACUCAUUUUUUAUGACAUUCGAAUUAGUUGUCUGUAUUAUAUAGAAUAUAUAUAUUAAUGACACUGCCUAAUGACUUGAAUAAGUUAUGCCAUACUUUCUUCGCAAAUUUCAAGCAUUGUCACCUCCAUGACAUUAUUUAUUUUAGUUUUCAAAAUAGUAGUCCAUGCUCCCACAGUGGAGGUGUAUGCAUACGAUUGAAGGUGAAUAGCGCACUGCUUUCUGCACAAGUAUUGCGCAGGAGGUUGUGCGUUAUUCACCUUCCCUCGUAUUUUAGUUUUAUCAAUUACAUUGACAAGGUUUCAAAUCAAUAUUACAUGCAAACUAGAACAUGAACAGAUUUGAUGUACAUUUUUUUAGCUUAAAAUCUGAUUUUAAUUAUCAGCUAAUUUCAAUAUUUUGGAAACCUUGUCGCCAAAUCUAUUUAUUAAUCUCCGUUUAUUUGUUUGCUUGGUUCCUUGUAUGAGCUUGAAAACAUCACACAAAAUUAUUACUCGAUUUUAGUAGUAUUUGGUGUUUUCGAUAUCAGAUACUGGCUUUCUUUUUAGUGGUUUUGUGAUUACAAUAUUAAAAAAGGUGUUCUAAAAAGUUUACUUGUUAGUCAUAUUAUAACAUAACAUAUGUAGAACAGAAAUAGAAUUCAAUCCAAUAGCUACAAAAUUGCAAAUAUUAAUUACACACGCAUCCGCGACAUCAUUCAUUCCUCACAUUGGAUGUUUUAUGUUCACCGGCACUAUAUCUAAACCAGAAACAUUAUUAAAUUAGCAUUGUUGAAAUGUACUUAGCAUUGUUAAAUGACUAAGUAUAACAUCUUUUUCAUUGGUUUUCGUUAGCUAUCAAUUUAGACAUAAGAUUCUUCUCCUAUCGCAAUGGUUAACUGCUUAAUCUGAAGGAGGAACUAUUUUUGAACAGGAGAAUUUUGCUAAUCCAGUUAUGUCAAUUCUGAAAAACAAUAUUGGUGCUCUUAUGCGGGAAAUAUUAGCUUAGUGCUACCAGCUUUGUAUCUUUUUAUUCAGUCAUUCAUACACAAUAUUUUUGAUUAAUCAAAUUCAUUUUAACGUUGAGUAAAUAAGCUUCACAGAUCUUGUAAUUUCAUAUGGAUGUUGUUUUGUUCGCAGCGUCGGCGUGUAGCUGUAACAAUCAAACAAGUGUUACAAUAUGUAGGAGGUUGUAAACCCAGAAGAUUAUUGUAAUGUUCGUUUUGUUUAUAUUAGACCAAAGGAAUAUUUAUCGCGUAUAAUUUAACAUUUUGUUACGAUUAACUUUUGCAUAUGAAUUGCAUACUAACGAAUGUUGGUACAGUUACUUUUGACUUUUGCUUUCCUAUUCACAACUGAACAUUACACAUUUAUUCCUAGACCAUUUUCGAGCUACACAAACAUGUCUUCUUGUUGGUUAUUAAGUAUCAACUGCGGCUGAUCAAAUCUAGUAUUAUGCAAAAGCUUAUGAAAUGCGAGAAAAAUUCAAGGGCUAAAUUUAUUAUGGUUGAUUUUAUUCCGGCAUGUAAAGGCUUUUCAGCAUUUUAUAAGUUAUGCUCACCUUGUGCGGUUUGAUUGACCGCCUCUGGAUUUGUAAUAGUACUUUAUUUUUCAUACAUACAGGAUCUUUUUCCUAUUAUACAAUAAACUAUAAUUUGAUUAAACUCUGAAUUUUGUAAGAAAAGGUAAUUAAUAUAUAACAGAAAGACUUGCUUACAAACUGGAGUAUUUAGAAACAUUAAACUAAUAUGCAAAUAAAUAUAUUGUGUACAUUUUCUGACUUAUGAGCUUCUUUAUAUGUAUGAUAAGACUAUUAUACGCUUUUUGUAUGUAAAGGAUAUAAAACUUUCUAUUUUGGCAUGACAGCACUUCCUUGGGUAAAAUUCAAUUAUCGGAUCGAUGCACUGUUGGGUAUUAGGUAAGGUUAUUCGAAUAAAUAUAUUUAACCGUUUAGGAUUAAACAAACCUGCUUGAUUACUACGAAUUUUUUAUAAAAAUAUUUUACGUAUUUUUCCUAUCGGAUUAGUUCAUUAAUAAUAUCAAGUAGAAUCGGAAAAUUCAGGUGUUUCAAUCCUGGUUUUUAUUUUUUUACAAGUGUAUUUAGUUUGUCGAGAAACAUAAAUGGCAAGGAAUAUUUCUUCUCAAGAAAUCCGUAGUUCAAUUGUUUGCCACUUGUGUUUUUCUUACUGUAGGUUAAUUAUAUUCUACUUAUAUUUUCUAUUCAUAUUUAGUUUUGUAGUUGCCGUUUUGCAUACUAGAUUUUUUAGGCAUAUAACUUAAUCUAUUUCUGACUAUUAUUUUUGCACUAAUAAAACACUAAAAUUACA